CUUGUUUUGUUUCAGGAGCUUGACGAUUUCCGCACCGGUGAGGCAAAGUUUUUCCGCAGCAUUCAAGUGGAUGACUCAAAUAUUUUGAAUUGGCAAGGGCUUCUUGUUCCUGAUUGUCCUCCAUAUGACAAAGGAGCGUUUCGGAUUGAGCUCAUCUUCCCCGCCGAGUAUCCCUUCAAACCCCCAAAGGUCACGUUCAAGACAAAGAUCUACCACCCCAACAUCGACGAGAAGGGCCAGGUCUGCCUGCCCAUCAUCAGCGUCGAGAACUGGAAGCCAGCCACCAAAACUGAACAGGUGAUCAGCAACCUCAUUGCUCUGGUGAACACCCCCCAGCCGGAGCAUCCUCUGAGGGCCGACCUGGCGGAGGAGUACAGCAAAGACCGAGCGAAGUUCAUGAAGAACGCCGAGGAGUUUACAAAGAAACACGGUGAGAAGCGACCCACAGACUGACAGCGCGACACGGACGCCCAACUCCCGUUUGUCCCGCCCCCUUUUCUGUUCUGUUUCCUGUUUGAAGAGCCCCCCCUCACCACACAGCGACGCCCUGUUCUGGCACACCUGCUUGUUUUUAGCACUCUUCAACCUUCAUAGAGGCUUGUUUCUGUUGGACUUCGCCAAAAAACCUAAAUAUGCAGGACUUUUUGGUGAAUAUGCAGCCUCCGGCCUCUAGGUGUCACCUUUUGAGUUGUUUUGAUUUCUUUCUACAGAUUUCUUUUUAGAAAAAAAUAAAAUAAUAAAGUUGUCAGAGGUGGCAUCCUGGAAAGUAAAACAUCAGAAAUGAUAAUUGAAAAUUAAAACAAGAAGCUGUUCUGCUUACUUAAAUGUUUCCACGUUAAUCAGUAGCUUACACCUUUUGUUAAAAGAUGCACAGCUACUCUAAAGCUGUUGUUUGUAUCUUGUUUUCUUUGUUUACCCCCCCCCCCCCUUAAGAUACACUGUACUUUGUGAAAUCACCUGUUGCAGAACAUGAAGAUUAAAGUUUGUCACUGAUGCAGAAUUCCACACGUAAACUCAGCCAUUUGUGAAAAAUACAAUUCCUGUGUUUAUAGCUUAUAGUAUUUAUAGCUUAUAGUGUUUAUAGCUCAUAUUGUUUAUAGUUCAUAUUGUUUAUAGUGCCAGUGAGCUUUAUGUUAUUACAGUUUGUAGAUUAACUACUGGAUGUCAGACGCAGUUCACAAUUUAUUUGUCUUUACACGGUAAACGCUGCUCAGUUCUGCAGCUUUAAAAUAACAUUCUGACCAACUCGUGCUCACCUGACUCAUCACAAUGUUUUCAUAUUAAGUACCAGAUCUACAAAGCACUGAUUGGUUCUAGUACUGCAGCAGUCAAACGGCUUUAAUUGGCUUCUUUCCUCCAUCAAUAAACACAAUGUAAUCAGCCAGUUAAUGUAAUCUAUUACCUGAUGAAGCUCUACGUCUUCACACGCAUGAAGGCGAUACAUCCAGCUGCAGGAGGACGGGUCGUUACUGAAUAAAGAUUUGUGAUGCUUAAA